CAGCUCAGACUGUGUGCCAGUGUGUGGUAUUGUACUUUGGCAUUUUGCUCAGCCUGGAUGUAUUUUUUAAUAAUAAAUCUAGUAAUUUCUUUAGGUAUGUUUAUCACUGCAGAGUUCUAUUUCCAUCCUUAUACAAAAAAAGUGUCAAAUUUACCGUAAAAGCUAGAAAGCAGCCUGUGACAUUUUUGGAUAUCUGGACAGAAAGUUCAUACAGUCAGGUAGGAUUAAAAACUCUUCUAAAAGUGUUUGUCUCAUCAGGAGCCUGAAGGACAAUUAAGCUGAACAAACAGAGGUUUUAGAAGCUGUCGAAAUCCUCCAGUUUUGAUUUCUGUGGUACCAGAUAAUAGAGGAAACUACUGAAAAGUUUUACCGUGUAGGAAAUAUCUUCAUACAACAAAAGAAAGGAAUGUGUUUGUUUAAGUUUGUUUAAGGUGGAUGCUGCACAUUGGUGGUGGUGGAGGGGAGUCCUCAUUACCUGUAAAGCAUUUUGAGUGGAGUGUCCAGAAAAGCGCUAUAUAAAUUGCUUGGUUAGGUUCCCAGGAUUGGAAAGGCUGAGCAAUGGCGUUAAACAAGCACAGGCAAUCUCUCUUCAUCUGCCUUCUUCAUAUCCUGGCACAGAUGUACGGGCUUUUGGCCUGCAGGACUGGGAAUUUUUCAGAGUGUGAUCAAGCUCCAUUUGUGCCUGGAUACGAUCUGGCUGGGGAGGGCUUUGAUGUUGUCAAAAUGCAGCAUAAGGGUUCCUAUAUGAUUGAUAUCAAAACCUUCCUGACGAGUAAUGGAUCCUGCACCCUCUGUGAAAACCAGCACCAGGAAGGUAAACUCCAGAAGCUCCCUGUGUCAGUACUGGAUUGGCGCUCCUUAAGCCACUGUCGCCAUCAGUUGUCGAGUGGGUUAUUCUCCUCCGUUGAGAGUGUGAUCAAAAACUCAAUUUCUUCCAUCAACAACAACUGGGGGGUUGGACUGGAACUGAACACGGUGGGCUCAGCAAUCCUGGGUGGGAGCCAAUCAAAUAUUGCUCACUUUGCCCUCUCCAACUCCAGACAAGACAGAAUGUCCUUUGCCAUCCAUGAGGUCAGCUGCAAAUACUACAGUUACCGGCUGACUGAGGAUCCCCAACUUACUGCAGAAUUUUCCAAACACAUACGAAGUUUACCGCAGCAGUAUGAUUCCAACACCAAACCCUCAUACCGGCGCCUCAUUGACAUUUAUGGCACUCACUACAUCAGGAAUGUCCAGCUGGGAGGUCGAGUGAGACAAAUCUCUGCCAUCCGGACCUGCCUGGCCUCCCUGAAUGGUCAUUCCCUUUCUGAGAUCAAGGAGUGCCUGGGAGCUGUACUGAGCAUCGGAUUGGGGAUCAAUGCCAACGGUCUCAGCAGCAAAUGCAGGAGCAUUUUGCAAAACCAUGACAACAGGAUGGGUUUCUACACAGGGUUCAUGACUCACAUGAUGGAAGUCAUGGGAGGGAAAAAACGUAUUGCAGACAUUCUCUUUUCCGAGUUUAAUCUUUCAGCCUACAGUGAAUGGCUGAACAGCCUGAAGGACAGCCCAGAUAUUUUCGCCUACUCCCUCUAUCCACUUCACGAGCUGGUCAGGGAUCCAGUCAUCAGUGCCAACUUGAAAACUGCAGUGAGAGAAUAUAUCCAGGACAAUAGUCUUCCAACAGGUAUUGCUGGGAUUCAACCCUGUGUGUGGGAACGCAAUAUGGACUACAACUGUUGUCCACGAAACCGAAGGUGGGGCAAAUUGGAGGUAUUUGUGUACAGAGCCUCUGAUUUAUUUGGGGACUAUGCUGGAGGAGCAGAUGGCUUUGUGAAAAUGUGGUAUGAUGGCAAUUACAGAGAGACACACUUCAUCAGUGAGGACAAUAACCCUUUCUGGUUAAAAACAUUCAUCUUUGACUCUGUGGAGAUUGGGCAUGCGCUUGUAUUUGAAGUUUGGGACAAGGAUAUUUGGCAGGAUGACCUCCUUGGCAGCUGCCGUGUAUAUCCCACACAAGGCAGCCAAUACAUCAGCUGCCCACUAGACCACGGAACCUUUCAUUUCAGAUACACUGUCAAAUGUCAGCGUCACCUGAGUGGCACACAUUGUGAAAAGUACCAACCAUCCACUUCUUAAGCCACCUCGUUAUGCUUUUUUUUUUUCUCAUGUCCAUGGCUAUCACUAAAGUCUUUGGGUAUGGUAUUCAAAAUAAAACUGUUGGAUUCAUAUUAUAUCAAUUCUGAUCAUGCAGUAAAGCACCACUUUCCCUUCCACACCAUGUAAUGUAAUGCUUGAAAGCCCAGACUUUCGAGUAUUCAAUUAUUAAAGAAUGUUUUCUCCUACAUUAACAUCUUCCUCCAAUCUAUAGAUGUUAAACAGGGCAAAAUAAUCAUUCAUGUGAACAUUAUUCAUGUUUUUUUUUGGUUUUCUUAAUGAGGAAUUUAUUCAUUAUUUUUCAAAUACUCAGACAAGACAAAUCCAAUACCCUUAGACAACAGCUGCGUCUACAUUUCUAGAAGAGCCUGGAAAAAGUUAAUAUAAACCUAUUACAUAUUCUGCUUUAUGAACUUGAAAUCUGUGUACCUGGAGUGUUAUAUGUUAUGUUAUAUCAUGUUAUAUAAGUAAUAUUGUUCAUAUAUUCACAGUAUUAAAAACAUAGUAAUAUAAUCUCAAUAAUCCUAUAUCAAUAUUAUUUACCUCUUAUAUUAUUUAGUAUGUGUCAGUUAUCUACUGUUUUUAAAAUUCAACAUCAUUUAUUCAGUCUUCUGUCUUUAUAAAGCUGAUGAAACUGUAAAAAUAAAACU